AUGGGUGAGCGGAGGCGAGGGCUAGCAGGGGCCAGCGCUAGGUGCGGGCUUCAGCGCGGAGAGGCGGCGUGGCGGGUGCCGCUGGUGGCGGCGGUGCAGCGUACCAGCGGGACUGCGGGCACGGUCGGCUGGGACGAUGCACAGGGUACGGCCAGUGCGCAGACCUGUAGACAGGUACGUGUUAGCUGGUACGGUGCGCAGAAACCUACAACCUCUGUAUUGCUUUUGGGAUGGCACGUCCAGAAGAAGAGAGUGUUAUUCAGAUGGCAGAGUCAGCCAUUAAAUGCCUUUACCUACAUAAAAGACAAGGACGAACGUCCCAAAGUUCCACAUUAUGUUUUCACCAAUGAAAUACCUGUGAUAUCCCUCUCAAAUUCUCACGGCCCUGAAAGAGAGAGGAUAAGAGCCCAGUUGAAAACGGCCAGUCAGGAGUUGGGAAUAUUUCAAGUUGUAGAUCAUGGAGUUCCCAAGGAUCUUACCACCCUCAUCAUGAAGGACGCCAUGGAUUUCUUCGCCCUCCCUUUGGAGGAGAAAUCACAGUAUGCCAUGAAGCCCGGAACCUAUCUUGGCUAUGGCAAUGGCAGCUUUAUCAAGGACGACCCUCUCAUGGAUUGGAGAGAGCUUUACGUUACCAGAUGCCUCCCUCGCGAAACAAAUCUCUGGCCCACUAAGCCACCCACCAUACAGAAGACCAUUGCAGAUUACAGCGAUGCUAUGGUGGAGUUAGUAAGAGAGUUGCUGGAGCUUAUCUCGGAAGCAUUGGGGGUGGAAUUAAAGGCCAUAGAGAAUGCUUUGGGGGAUGCAGAACAGAAGCUUCUCCUCAAUUACUAUCCAAAAUGCCCACAACCUGAGAUGACGCUAGGAUUAAAGAGGCACACAGAUCCAGGGACCAUAACUUUACUGCUUCAAGAUAAAGUUGGUGGCCUGCAAGUCACCAAGGACGAUGGCAAAACUUGGGUGACAGUGGAACCCAUUGAGGGGGCAUUUGUGGUGAAUUUGGGAGACCAAAUGCAUGUGUUAAGCAAUGGCAUUUUCAAGAGCGCGGAUCAUCGAGCAGUGGUGAAUUCGAGCACAACACGAUUGUCCAUUGUAACUUUCCACAAUCCAAACCCUAAUUCUGUGGUUUAUCCACUGGAUGGGCUGGUUGAUGAUGAGCAUCCAACUAAGUUUCAGCGUUAUAUCUACAAAGAGUUUUAUGCCAGGAAAAUGACCAAACAUAUUCAGGAGAGAGAGGAAAAACUAUCGAGGAGGAAGGAAAGUUGUGGCGAGGAUAAUGGAACAAUUUCAUCACUUUAGACAGCGAGGACUGUUGUCUGUGAACAUCAAUCCGUAGUUGAAAUUACUGAAUUUUAUUAUAAUAAUAUGUAUUAGCGUUAAGAUUUGGGAUUUUAACGUGAUUACAUGUAUUCAUUGUAUUCCUGCUGUUUAUUUCUAACUCCACUCUUGAAUGUGAUACUUAAUAAUACUGGAAAGCGGCUUUUCUCCAUUCA